AUGCGCUACCAAAGUGUCACGGUGCCCAUGUACACCAAGGUCGGCGUUUCUCCUCUCGUUGUCGCAGUAUUCUGUAGCAGCCGCCUUCGAACUGGGGAUAUUGCUAGGGUAUCAAUCGAUGACAUACGUCUUGAGAAGGGUGAGGGCGAGCUUUCAAGCUGGGCGUUUGAUAUGCCUCGGGAAAAAUAUCAGUAUUGGCUGCGCGAUAAUUAUUGGAUUGAAUUCCAGGAACAAGAUGCCAAGUGGUACGCCAACUCUUAUAGCCCCGAAUGGCCAGUCAAUUGUAGAGAGGAGACGUUUGAUGGAUGGGAAUGCGUGGUGGCGGGUGGUGACUAUCGACGUCAAGAUCUUUGGGAUGAGGGUUACGGUGACUAUUGGCCACUUAAUGAGCAACCAGGACGUGGGGUCACGGAUAUUUGA